CCCCGUCAACACCACCCCCAAGGGCGAGCACCAGCAGGGCCAGGCCGCCCCGCCGCAAAAGCCGGAGGGCAAGCAGCAGGCGACCUUCCUUACAAAACUCUACGCGUAAAUUUUCUCGUCCCCCCUCGUCGCGCCCGACCCCUCGUCCGCUGACCGCCCGUUCCGAAACAGGCUCCUCGAGCGUCCCGAAAACCACCACAUGAUCCGCUGGGAUCCCCAGGGAGAGCACAUCAUCGUCGAAAAGCCAGAGCAGCUCGCAAUCCACGUCCUUCCGAGCGUUUACCGUCAGUCGCGCUUCGCCAGCUUCUCCCGGCAACUCAACAUCUAUGGCUUCAUGCGCAAGGUCAACCUCCGCAACGUCGACCCCGCGAUCGACGACCCCGACGCCAGCACGUGGUCACACCCCACCCUCAACCGUCACUCGCCGCCCGACGUCGUCGCCAACUUCAAGCGCCGCGUCCCGCCGCGCAUACCCAAGUCCAAGAAGCGUGAGGCCGAAGUCCCGCCCAACUUGGCUCCCCGGUCCGCCGUCGGCCUUGCACCCAUGCCACCCUCGAUGGGCGGACCCUUGCCGUCGGCGAUGACCUCCUCUCCUUUUGUUCGUGGACGAGCUCGUGCAUUUACUACUCCUGGGUCGUUUACUCCGUUGAGUCAGGGAGGUGCCGUGGGUUGGGGGACCAGUUAUCCUCGAUCUUCUCUUCCGCCUCUGACCGUCCCCAACGACGGUGCUCCCAUGGGACACAGCGGCGUCUAUGGUCACGGUCAACAGGCUUACAGCCAUUCGUCGCACUCUGUCAGCCAGAUGUCUCCUACCGAUGAAAACCCGAACUCGUUCUACUCGAGCGGCCAGCGGGAGAUGAUGGUUCCCUCGUCGCAGUACUCGUACCACGACAAUCAGACGUGGGGUUUCCAGUCCAACCCAACCGGGCACUCGGGCAGUCUCUCGUCUCUGUUGAACCCCAGCUCGAGCAACGGCUACGCGUCCUCACGUCCUCCGAUCAACACCUACCCCUCCUUCAACACUCCGAGCCACCCCAGCCCGGUCUCGGACAGCCGACCGAACACCGGCUACUCUGUCUCGUCCAUCAACUCGAUGACGUACGAGGACAGCAAGGGCUCUUCGCACUUCUCGCACGACUACAACCGGCCGGGCUCGAGCCACCACGGAGGGCGGCCGUUGUCGCCCGCUGGGUCGCGCCCCGGGUCUUCGCAUCAACCGUACCCGCAGGACACGCUAAGCGUGCGCCGUGCGCGGCGGCACAGCCAAGCGAUGAGCCCGUACCCGAGCCCGUACGGCGGCCACGGGAGCGCGGACAACCGUCCGUCGACGUCUCCACACCCGCUGCACGGCGGCGACGCCGGGGGCGAGCACUCGCUCCCCCGCGUGCGCAGCAUGGCCUCGACCACGAGCGGCGGCGACUCGUACAGCUUCAAUCCGGCGCAAGGCGACUUUGCAUACUCGGCGGCGCCGAUGAACGGGAGCGUCGACUCGCUCGGAGGAGGAGGAUGGGAUUCCAGCCGGUCAGUGCGGCCAUCGACCUCUGCGUCGUCUUUGUCCGCCGCUUCACACACGUCGUCCUCGCAGGCGCACACGCCCCCCGCCGGAGACCACUACGCAGGGGAGACUGAUAUCCACCGAUGUUAGUCGCCGUUUUUCGUUUCGCCCGCCGCCUCUCCCUCCCUCCUCGUGCUCUGGUGUCUCUUUUUAUUCGCGCUGCUCACGCGUGCUGACUAGUCUUGAACUAGUAUCGCCCGACUUCGGCUACGUCCCCAUGAACGAGCACAUCCCGCACUAUACCAAGCCGCAGGAAAUCUAGACGGCGGCACGUAGACGGCCUGGGUCGACGUCGACGCGACACGAUACCCGCUGGUGGCUUUUCGCUCCUCGCGUUGUUUCCAUGAACUUUCUUCUACUGGGACGCUGUCUGUUUUUUUCCUUCGCCGCUCUUCGGACAGUCGUGUGGAGCCUGUCUAUGCCUGACUUCUGUGAUGAUCUCGACUUUGCCUGAUCGCAUACAACCGUGUAUCUCUUUUUACCCUCUCUGCCUGUGCGCCGUGUACCCAUAGAAUGUUUGCGCCGUCUGUACUGAAUACGAUACGGGAAA